AAUUUUGCGUUAAAAAUGUUAUCAAGGCGUUUCUUCGGAGUAAAGGAAGCAUGCCAAUGCAUACUAUUUCUGAAAUAUUCAAAAAUAUUUACUCAUGCAUCACUCCGGACAAUUAAUUUUAGUGCUAGAAGAAUGUCAACUUGGAGAGAUGAAAUUCAUGGUUCUGAGGUGCUCUUCCAGCAUAAGAUGGAAGUACCUGUAAGGGGCCUAAUUCAUUUGACAAGUGGAUGCAACACGAUAUUAAAGAGCAAAUACAACGAAGACGAGCCUGACAGAAAAGACGCUAUAAUUACAAUCUAUGGGAAAGAAGGACAUGGUAAAAGUAUUGAAGAGCUAAGGAAAAUUGUGGAGAAAGUCAAUAACUUCAGAAACAUUAUUCGAUACAAAUUUACUGGAUAUCCACCAAUAUUAAGGGUUGAUUUUCCGUAUCUUAAAAAGUACAAAGAGGAGCUGAAGAAUUGCACAGCACUGGUGGUUGAAGUACCUUAUGAGUAUCAGAUAGUUGCCCAAGUUAAAGGGGAAGCAAACAUCUACAUGAAAGAUUUUGAAAAUGAGUACACAUCUGGAUAUGCUGACUUAGGAAAUAUUGAGCUGAGCAAAAUUAAAACAGUCUAUGCUGAAUGUUUCUCUGGUGGUGAUAUUGUCUGCAGAGAUUCGAUCCACGGAAGUGGGCAUUUCUGGACAAUGUUAGAUGGGGGUAUCUACAUGAAAAAGCUGCAAGGAAUAAAUUUCGCCUUGAAUUCGAUGAAUGGAGAUAUUAAAACAGAAACGGUUUAUUGUGACGAUGUUGUUUACACAAAUGAGCAAGGAGAUGUGAUAACUGGCCUUGUGCAAUCAACUGGAUGUCACGUGGAAACUGAAAAUGGUAACCUGAAAAUCGACUCUGUAUCAUGUGAAAACCUGGUUGGAAGAAUUUUCAAGAAAGGGACAAUGGAUUUUGUGGUAGAAAAAACCAAGGACAUGUAUAUCUAUCACGGCGAAGGAGGUGAUGUGAAUCUAAAAAUUGGACCAUCUGUAGAGAUGGAAAUGGAAGUCCAGUCUAAAUCUUCAUCGGUUUCUUCGCAAAUUGACUUCAAACAAUUAGAGAAAUACAAUGAUCCCGUUAAUAAGUACAUGGUCACAAAGGGGACUCGUGGUGCGCCUACAAAAAAAUGGUUGAUUGAAAAUCAUCAUGGACACUUUGCUAUCGAUCAAGGCAAUUGGAUGGAUAGCUUGAAACUUAAAAUACCAAACCUAAAUCCUUGAUGAUUGCUAGUGUAGAAAGUAUUCUUUAGGUUCCGUGGAGAUUGUAUUGAAUGUAUUUAUAUUGUGACUCGUCUUUUAACUUCGCUCUGCUUUUUGCUCGUUUUACUUACGUAUUCAUCAAUCUAAAUGAUUGGGUUGGAUAUGAUGUUUUUGAAAGAGUUAGAAGGGUUAAUUCUUUCAAGAAUAUCGUAUCUGAUUCAGUAGGUAAUGAAUUGAAAGUUUCAGUCAAAAGCUCAUGAUUUUCAAAGUUAGCUCAUAAUUUUCUGCACCUAUCUAAGUAAUAUUUGAAGAUGGAACGUACAUUGUUGAAUCAAAAGAUCUUGGCAUUAUGUUAUUGAAUAUAAAGAAAGUAUGGCUACAAAAAAUUUGUCAGGGAGGUAAGGCCCACUGAACUUUAAAAUCCAAUCAUCAACAAGAUUCAUUCACAUAACACGAGGCAAGCAAAAAGCAAGAAAGCAAAGAAAAUUAUAACUUAUAACCUUCUUCAUUUCCUAAAUGUAAAUGACAGAAGUUCAAAUGCACAAAUUUCUAAGAAAGCGGUACAAACAACGAUCUAAAAAGAAGAAGAAAAAGAGAAAAAGCUCACAAAAAGUUUUUAAUGGAAUGGAAUCACAGGCUCAAAACGUAUUUAUCAUAUGUGAAUUUUAACAUCUACUACGAUAACGCAAAUCAAAGGUACAACAACUGCACGGUGCAUUUACGCAAUCAAACUAUUUUACUAAAAUACAUACCAACAUGGUAUACUACAUUAAUUCUCUAAAAUUUCCCUUCCAAAAAUGAAGUGCCCUAAUAAUUCAGUUUAAUCUUGAUAUAAGGGACUUUGAUGGGCCCAAUCAAAGUAAUUUGUGUCCAGUGACUUUUUUAUUAUGUCAGACUUAAGAUAUAUAUUGUGGAUUAAAACGUAGUUAUACAAGUGUUUUAUUAUUCAGUGAUGUUUUGGUUACGAUAUUCUGUUAAGAGAUGGUUCGUAUUUUCUCUUAACAUAAUUCUUAGAUGAAAAUUACAUCGUUAAAUCGAUAAUUCGUUCAUCUUAAGCUAAGUGUAAGGAUAAGCUGAAGGGACCAGAUGUUUAGUUGUAUAAAACGGUAAGUUCCACUGAAUGAACCAAAUUUGUGGUACGAUAUCCGCAUUGUUUCGCUGCAAGAUUUUGUUAAUGUUUUAAAAAAUGUAUUUGAUACAGGCUUGCUAAUAUCAAAUAUCGAUCUAGUAUAGGAAAACAGAACAACAUACAUGAUAGAUAACACAAGAAAUAGUAAUCAUCCAUCAGAGAAUGAAUUUUGUUACUUUGGUUUGCACCAAUUGAGGAAUGCAUCGUGACAGGAAAUGAAAUGAAAUGGACUUGUCCCAAAAUGUCAAACGUCGAUGUCAUGUUCUCAUAAUGGUUAGUCGUCAUGUUGGCGAUUUGAAAAUUCACCUUUGAAAUUUGCUAGAUAUUGCUUUGUCCCCAAAUGUCAAUUGUUGAUGUCAUGUUCUCAUGAAACGUCUAUUGGUUAGUCGUCAUGAUGUUGAUUUGUAAAUUCACCUCUAAAAUUUGCUAGAUAUUGCUUUGUUCCCAAAUGUCAA